AUGUCGAAGACGACGCCUUCGCCAAACUUUGAUCUCAAUGCCAUUAUACGGGGAGCCCAGCUCACCAUUGUGGGCGCCCUGCGUGCGCUCCAAAACCCCGACCUCUUCAAGCAAGAGCACUACCGGCAGGCCGUGAUCGCCGUCGGCAUCGGCAUCGCAAUCCGCCUAGUGGUGCUCGCACCCAUCUUGAUCUUCAAGCUUAUUUUCGGCUUCUUCGGCCUCUUUGUGGACAUGAGUGCGGGCUACAGCCUCAUCUCGUACAUGGAGUUUGCCGAGGAGAGCGUUCUCCAGAUCCCGUUCUUCCUGAUGCAGCUGAUGCGCUACAUUGCGCCCACCUUGGACGACAUGUUCAUGCAAUCCCUCAAGUGGGUUGACGACACCUACAUGACCAAGCACUCCACCGAAGACCGCAGUACCCUCCGCGAACUCUACCACCCCCGCCUCGCCAGCUACCGCCCCAUCCCCCCCGCCGACGGCAAAAGACCCAUUCUCGUCUUCCUUCAGCGCUGGGGCCGUCGCGCCGGCAUCUCCCUCGCCGUUUACCUCCUCUCUUUCACCCCCGGCAUCGGCCGCUUCGUCCUCCCCUCCGCCUCCUUCUACACUCUCUCCAGCGCGCUGGGCCCAGCCCCUGCAAUCGGCAUAUUCACCGUCGGCCUCUUCCUCCCGCGCCGCUGGAUGGUCAUGUUCCUGCAGAGCUACUUCGCCUCCCGCGGGCUCAUGCGCGAGCUGCUCGAGCCCUACUUCUCCCGCAUCCCCUUCAGCAGCGACCAGAAGCGGCGGUGGUUCCGCGAGCGUGAGGGUAUCCUGUUUGGCUUUGGCGUUGGUUUCUACUUCCUCACGCGCAUCCCGUGGCUGGGUGUGUUGAUCUACGGCAUUGCGGAGGCGAGCACGGCAUAUCUGAUCACGAAGGUGGCGGCGCCGCUGCCAGAGCCAAAGGACCUGACGAAGGAGGAGCUAGAGAGGCUGGUGGUGUGGGAGAAUAAACAUGAGUUUUUGAAUCUUGAGUUUGGGAAGUUGGAUAAGCUCAACAUCAGGGACUUGAAUAAGAAUAGGAAGUCGCAGACGGCAGCUGCAGCUGGGGUGCAAGGGCCGCCGCCGAUGUAUACGCCUGCUGAGGUUAGAAAGGAGCUCUGA